AUGCUGGCCAACGCCCUCGCUAAUAAUCAGAACGCUAUCGCAGCCUGCGGACUUGUACUUGUUGAACUGGAGCCUGGGUAUGAAUGGUCCGUUUGGAAUCUUUAUCAACAAUUCCAGUAUACCUUCGGUCAAUACGUUCGAAGAAGAGCAGAGCACUAUAUCGGCAAAGUCACAUGCCUCCCAGGCUGCAUUACCAUGAUAUCGGUUAGAGAAGAGAUGGGAGGGGCUAUACAGAAGGAACUGAUAGGCGACUCACCUAUUCAAUGCUCUCGCAGGGCAAACAUUUACGCACGUUAUUUGUACCGAACGCUAUCAGUGAGACAGUAG